AUGGGUAAUGGGAUGACAGAGAGAUUUAACCAGACACUGCUGCACAUGUUGUUCAAACUCGAUGAGGACAAGAAAUCCGACUGGAAGUCGUAUGUUGCACCGAUGGUUCAUGCGUACAACAGCACAAUUCAUACCAGUACUGGUUAUUCGCCGUACUACUUAAUGUUCGGACGUCACCCAAGGUUAGCGAUCGACGCACUACUUGAUUUACCGUCGAACGAUAAUGGAACGGUGUUCCAGAAUGAGUACAGCCGCAAACUUCGCGACAGAUUGGCGACUGCGUAUAGUCGUGCGAAAGAGAACGCAUUUCAAAAUGCAGAGAAAAGUAAGAGGGUAUAUGACACUAAAGCUAGAGCCACUAAAAUCAUUCCAGGUGAUUUGGUUUUAGUAAGAAAUGUGACUCAACGCGGGAAACAGAAAAUCGCAGACAAGUGGGAAGAUGUGCCAUAUGUGGUAAUCGACCAGCCGAACACUGAAAUUCCCGUGUAUGACGUAAAGAAAGACAAACCAAGUUCUAAACGUAUACGUCGUGUCCACAGAAACUUGUUGCUGCCAUUGGGAAUAACGGAGCAACAUCAAAAUAAAGAGCAAAAAGCUCCGAGAUACGUUAUACCGCAACGACGGACACAAUCACGUGACAACUAUGACGACGGUAGUGUACCCAUACGUCGCUCAAACCGCCAACGAGACGCAUCAGUGGUUUAUGCUUUUGACAACAGCCGGUGGCAGGAGUUUCCCGGAAAUGAAGGUGGCAAUGAACUUCGCCUCACGCAUGCGGACAACAUGUACUCACUGUAUCCUAACAUGAAGGUCAUCUUUGUGCUGAGGGAACCAAUUCGCCUUCGAGCGGGAAUGUACCACAUUUUUGUUCACGACUGGAUACAGGUGUUUGGAAAGGAAAAUGUACUGGUGCUCAUGUCCGAGACAACUUAA